UUCAGUGCUGUAGCACAUUACUCCAUAAUAAGUUAUAUAUUUUCAAACCCAGACAUGAACGAGAAAAACGAACUCCGGCGCUUCCUGCACUGGGGACCCUUCAUCCUUUUGAGCCUGACUUUUGUUGUCACCUGCACCACGCUCCACAUGAACUCGAUGUGGUGGCCGCCGGGUCCGACCUGGGGAUCUUGGGUGAACUAUUGCCUCAUCUGGUUUCACGUGUUCGCCGUUUUGUACAACUUUUUGAGGACCCUAAUGGUGGGACCUGGCUUUGUCCCUAAAAAGUGGAGGCCGCAGCAGAACGAGUCCACGAAGUUCCUGCAGUACUGCCAGCGCUGCGAAGGAUACAAGCCACCGCGGUCGCAUCACUGCCGCCGCUGCGAUCGCUGUGUGCUCAAGAUGGAUCACCACUGUCCCUGGGUGAACAACUGUGUGGGCUGGUCCAACCAGGCCAGCUUCGUGUACUUCCUCCUGUUCUUCUUGUCUGCCAGCGUGCAAGGAAUCUUUAUAGUUGCCCCUGCUCUGUUCAGGGGCGUCUCCAAGCGGUACUUGAUUAACAUUAAUAUGAAGCACCUGGCCACGGUAAACUUGACUAUGUUGAGCUGCUUGGCCUGCAUUAUAACCCUGGGCAUUUACAUGGGCAUGGGCCUGGCCUGUCUCAAACUGCUGCACAUGCAGGCGAAGGUGAUCUUCACAAACAAAACGGAGAUUGAGCGCUGGAUCAUAAAGAAGGCGGAGUUUCGCCGUGAGGCGUAUUAUCCUGGGAAACAUAUGAAGCCCUUCGUGUACCCGUACGAUCUUGGAUGGCGGAGCAACUACCGGCAGAUGUUUGUGCCCUCCGGUGAUGGUUACAGCUGGACGGUCCUGCCCGGCUGCAACCAGUUCACUUUGACAGUGGAGCAAUUGGAGCAGAAGAAGGAAAAGCGGGCUCGAGCUCGCAGUUACAAGUGCAUUAGUCCUGCCACCGGCUACUGCUUACCAAUUAUCUCGCAGGGCAUCUGGGUAUGCAUGACAAUACCCUGUAACGACGAUCCUCGCAUUGCCCUGAAACCAGGUGAUCUCGUACGGGUGACUCGUUCUCAUCAGCACUGGAUGUACGGGGAGAGAGUGAUCUCGGAGGAGGAGGAGGUCGAGAGAAAACAGCGUAGUGGUGCCAUUAAAGGCUGGUUUCCCAGGGUCUGUGUCGAGAUGAUCGUAGAUGAGGGCUCUGAUGACGAAGAGAAUAACCGGACUGGUGGAGAAACUUUUAUUGUUGAUAAUAGGUCCGAGGGAAAAGUUGAAAGUGAGACAGAGGAUACCCAGGCAGGUGGAGAUGUCCCACAUGAAGUUCGAUACUCUAAAAAACCAGGAAUGGAUCCCUACUUUAAACGAACUUUGGAGCUCAUCGAAAAUGAGAAUUAUGCAAAUCUGGAUGAUGAGAAACCUCCGUGGGACGAAGAUGAGGCAGAAUAUGACUUUGGAGAGCCCGAGGGAAAUACUCCUAGCCCCUGGAUAGAUGGAACACGAAAACGCGCUCUUUAAAGGGCAUUUCCUGCGGCGACCUGGGCCACAGAGAAGUCCCCCAUUCCCAGUCGCCGCAAUAAAAUUGCUUUGGUCAACCGCCGCAUUAAUCUUUUAACGCGUAUUGCUUAAUACUUUUCAAUAUUGCAUUAAUAAAUAAAUACCUUCGCCGCGGCAACAA